GGUAGCAUUCCCGUCACCCCAGAAACUCAAGGUGACUUGCCCUGGGGCUCAUAUGGCGAGCAAGCGGGCUGCAGUGGAGGGGCCACAGGGGUGGGCCCCCAGAUGGGCCAGCAGGCGGAUGAAACGUCAGCUGUGAUUAUGAGGCCUUAAAUAUGAGCCGAGACUCCUGGGAGGGACCCGCAGGGGCUCAGGGGAGGCAGGGGUGGCCAAGUGGCCUUCCGGGGGGCCAGGCCAGGGUCCCGCGGUGGGGGUGCUGAGGCGUGGGGACUGAGCGGCAGGAGGCCGCACUUGGUGUCUGUCCAGGUGUCCUAGAGCGUGGCUGGAGGAGAGCCGACCUGUGUAUGUGGCCCAUCUGUGUGACCCGGAGAGAGCUGAGCAGCAGAAACGCCAAGACGGCGUCAGGGGGGCCGGACACACACCGGGGGCGUGUGAGGAACAUGCUGAAUGAGCAAAGUGAGGAAUCGGGACCUGGGCCUACGCUGUGCCAGCUGCCUUGUGCAGACCCCCUUGUUUAACAGCCCCAUAAGCUCGCGCCAUGGAGUCUCAGAGUCGUCGGCGGAGGCCUGAGACAGUGGUGCAGGGGGAAGCGGCCGAGUCGGACUCAGAUCUCUCUGCGUCCUCGUCGGAGGAGGAGGAGCUGUACCUGGGCCCCUCGGGCCCAACGCGCGGCCGCCCCACGGGACUGCGAGUGGCUGGGGAGGCUGCGGAGACCGACUCGGACCCGGAGCCGGAACCGAAGGCCGCGCCGCGGGACCUGCCUCCGCUCGUGGUGCAGCGGGAGACGGCCGGGGAGGCCUGGGCGGAGGAGGAGGCCCCGGCGCCCGCCCCUGCGCGCUCGCUGCUGCAGCUCCGGCUGGCUGAGAGCCAGGCGCGGCUGGACCAUGACGUAGCGGCCGCGGUGAGCGGCGUGUACCGUCGCGCGGGCCGUGAUGUGGCCGCCCUGGCCGGUAGGCUGGCGGCUGCCCAGGCGGCAGGAUUAGCCGCAGCCCACAGCGUGCGCCUGGCGAGGGGGGACCUCUGCGCGCUGGCGGAGCGUCUGGACAUCGUGGCCAGCUGCCGCCUGCUGCCCGACAUCCGCGGUGUGCCGGGGACCGAGCCUGAAAAGGACCCGGGACCGAGAGCCUAGCCGUGACCCACUGUCUCCACUGACUGCCCUGGGGGUAGGCCUUGCGGCCUCUAGACCUGGCUCUCUGCUCUGUUUAGCCACCCACCCGUCUUGCUGUCACCCUCAGGGAUAACCUUGCCCCUGGAUAAUGCGCUGUGUGUGUGUGUGUCCCUGCUGGACCGUAGCUCUGGUUCCUCCCCCUGGGCUUGGCCUUUGCUUCCUGGUUCAGAGCCUGUGUCUGAAACUUGACUCCAGCUCCUGGGUACCUAUCUGCUCUUGGAUCUGUCUCCCUCUUAACAGCUCCUGAAGCCUCAUCUUUCCUUGCUCUCUGCCUUCCUCAGUUUGGUUUCUGUUCACAGGGGCUGGACCUGCUUCCUUCUCCCCAGGGGAGUGCCAGAAUCCGGCUGAAUGUCAGUUCCCUGAUAUCUUUACUCCCUUGGCUCUGUCUCCUUGCCCCACUUCUGGAAUUUUGUCCCUCUAAUCUGGACCCUUUUUCUGCUCCCCAGGCUUGGCCUUGGUUCCAUCUCCGCCUUCUGGUCCUUGCUCUGCCCCUUUUUGGCUCCUUCUCCUUGGGCUUAGCCGUACCCUGUUGGCCUGAUCUUGCUUCCUGGGUCCAGCUCUACCCUUAGUUUUGGUUCUGCCUCUUUCUGCUUCUCCCAUUCUGUUUAAACUACCUGCUUACUUCUGAGCUCCAGGGAUCCCCUAUGAUUUUCUUCAUCAGGUCCAAGAUGAGGUUCCCUCCUGACUCAAGGAGGUCCCCCUUCCAGCUGUCCAGGCCCAAGGUGGCAUCUCCUCCAGGCCCAAAUUGGUGUAUCCUUCCCACCCCCCAGGCCGAGAUUAUGCCUUCUGCCCAAGCUCCAGGUAUGAGCUCCAGGCCUGGGCCUGACUCACCAGGCUGAGGGUGCCCCCAGCAGGCACUGAGGGCCCAGUACAGACUCACCCUGGAACUUUAUGUGCAAUAUGACACCACUUUGCAGAUACGUGUACUUUGUUCACUAUGUUCCGUGGAUGCUACGGAUGCUAAACUGCUUGGAUUUCUGGGUUAGCUCCUUCUUUCUCCUCCUCCUCACUGCUCCCUCUUCUCCCAGCCCCAGCCCCUCAGUCCCAUUCACAUGCAUUCCCCUCCCCAACUCUCUUAUCCCAACCUGAGCUGAGAUCUGAGCUCCCAGGAUGAAGAAGUGCUGAGGAAGAGCACUGUAUGGCAAACUCAUUAAAACUCAAGACAUUCACUGAUAUGAUCAGUUCCUCUUAUCUCCCCAUCUAAGCUGGGGGCGGGGGGCGGGUCGGUUGGCGAUUCUGCUCCAAACGUGAGUCCCAAGAAAGGGAUCCUUCCCACCUGGCCGACUGAAAGUGGACCUGUGGCUAGGAGAUUGGGGCCCCAAGUUUUUUCCCCCUGGUUCUGCACUUGUGUUUUGUUCAUUCACCACACAUUUACUGAGCUCCUGUUCUGCGCCUGUCCUGAGCCAAGCCCUGGGGAUGCCCCACCCAGGCUGGGCCCUCUCAGAGCCGACAAUCCACUGGGGAAGACAGACAUGAAAAUAUUAUUGUAUAAGUGGAUAGUCUUAAUAAUUGUAAUUUAUACUUUGACUAUAAUUUUUCUGGCAUUGUGGUUAGUGCCCUAAAGAAAUGCAGGAGUUUUGUGAGAGUGUAACUGAAAUCUGUCAGACUUUGUUCGGAGGAUGGUCAGAUGGCUUCCGUGAGGAAGUGAUGAAUGAGUUUGAGGUGUAAAAAAAAACCCUGAAGGUGUAAAAAGGUGAAACAUGGGGGGUGGGAAAGUGUUGUGCGCAGCAUAUGCAAAGGCCCUGAGUCAGAAGAGGGCAUAGCCUAUUUAACAACAGAAGAGGGGGAUACCUUCUAGUCUCUACUGGAAUGGGGAGACCAGGGGAGAUGGGGGUGGCGAGGACUGUGCUAGCAGGGGCCAGACAAAGCUGGAGUUUUAAACCAAGUAAAAAUCCUUGGUCUUUAUUGAGCAGCCAACAAGUAGAGAAUGAUGCCAUCUGGUAAAUGUGUUUUGUGAAGGAGCCUCAGACUGGUGCUUCUGCAGUGUGGUUGCCUCUGAAAAAGACCCAGAAAUACUGGCUUCGAAACCAAACGUCCUUUUAAAUGUACAGCUGAGCUCAGAGCAUGGGAAAUCUGUACCCAAAUUGCAGAGGUAGCUUCAAACCGCAGUAUUUGCCAGUACCAGGUACUCAGAGCCUUGGGUUUUAUUUUUUAAUAAUUUAUUGAAGUGCAGUGAUUUACAGCGUUGUGAUCAUCUCUGCUGUACAGCAAAGUGAUUCAGUUUUUGUUGUUCAGUUGCUCAGUCAUGUGACCCCAUGGACUGCGCGCAGCAUGCCGGGCUUCCCUGCCGUUCACUGUUUCCCGGAGUUUGCUCAAACUCAUGUCCAUUGAGUGGAUAUACGCUCUUUUUCAUAUUCAUCUCCAUUAUGGUAUAUCAUAGGAUAUUAUUGAACAUAGUUCCCUGUGCUAUACA